AUGCAACAUGUUCAAGAUUGGGAACUGAAGAUGCCUCUUCCAAUUGCUGUACUACAAAAGAUUGAGACGGAAGCUUCGGACACCGCCUUGUACGUGACAGACAACUCAUUGUUUGUUGUUUGUUUAUUGCAUCCUCUGCAACCGCCUUCUAUUGUCUAUAAAUACAGGAACGUGUCUUCUGUACGCUACACACUUCGUACUAUGACCUGUGUUCUCAAGGUUAAUAUCGACUGCGAUGGCUGUGCACAGAAAGUAAAGAAGCUUCUGCAGAAAAUCGAUGGUGUGUAUUCUGUGAAAAUAGAUGCAGAUGAAGGGAAAGUGGUAGUGGCAGGCGAUGUGGAUCCAGCGAAACUAGUAAAAAAGCUGAAGAUGGGAGGGAAGCAUGCUGAGAUAUGGGGUGGCCAGAAAGGAAUGAUGUACAAUCAGAACUAUCCGAUCAACCCCAAGUUCCAGAACAUGCAAGUUGAUAACAACAAAGGGGGGAAAGACAAUAAGUCUCAAAAUCAAAAGGGUCAGAAAGGUGGUGGUGGUGGUGGCGGUGGCGGUGGAGGUCAAGGUCAAGUUGGUCAAAUAGCACACUUCCCAAAUAUGAAAGGGGUUCAGGAUCUUAAGGUACCUGUCAAGGAACAAAAAUCUGUCAAAUUCAACUUACCAGAGGAGGAUUUUGAUGGCAGCGAUGAUGGUUUUGAUGAAUAUGAGGACAGUUUUGAUGACUAUGAUCAUGAAGAGGAAGAGGAAGGGUUAGGCCGUGUGCAUGGCCAUCCAAUGUAUCACAGCAAGAUGAUGCCAAAGAUGGGGGAUGGGCGUGGGCCUCAUGGGCCUGCUGGUGUGAUGAAUGGCCAUAAAGGCCAUGUUGGUGGGAGUAGGAAUGAUAAUGGAAGUGCCAAGAAAGGUGACCUCAUAGAUCAAACAACGCUAACGAAGGGCAAAGGUGGAAAUUACAGUGAAGCCAAAGAUGACAAUAAUGAGGGAAAGAAAAGUAGCCAAAAAGGUGAAAUCAAGAAGGGGGAUAAGUCUAAGGGAGAUUUUAUUAAGAAAAAGGAUGCCAAAAGUGAUGGGGGAUUGCUAGGUCGGUUUCUAGGCUUUGGGAAAAAGAGCAAGAAGGUGGAAUUAAAAGAAGCAACUUAUACCAACAAGAGCAAGAACCAAAACAAUGAAAGUGGAAAUAAGAAAGACAAGGAAGGGAAAUUGGAGGACCAUAGUAAUAUUAAAAAUGAUUUUGAUUUUGAUGAUUAUGACAAGACCCCUCUCCUUCACAAAAAUGGCAAAGUAGGCCAGAUGGGCCCAAGCCCAAAAGUGGGAAAUUACCCAAUGGCCCAUCAGGCAGUGCAAGGUGAUGGUGGGUAUUAUCAAGGGAUGCAAAUGCAAGGUGUUCCAUAUAAUCACCUUCAGCAACAGCAGUACAUGGGUAUGAUGAUGAACCAACAUCAGCAUCAACAUCAACGACAUGAAGCAAGUAUGAACAGCAACAACCUGUAUCCAACAAACAUGAUGAUGUAUGGCAGGCCACAUCCAUCUAUGAACUACAUGGCACCACCUCCUAUGCCAUCUCAUCCAAUGACUGAUCCUAUUACUCAUACUUUCAGUGAUGAAAAUGUUGAGAGCUGCAUUGUCAUGUAG